AUGACGAAGUUUCUUUUAGCUCAGUCAUCUUUUCCUUCCUCUCAAGAGCUUGUUUCUUCUCAAGAUAUCCCCAUGUCUCAAGAACGUACAUACAAUGGAAAGGUGAGAGUCGUCAAGAGCAAUCCAGAACGAUAUACGGUCGAAUGUUAUUACAAGGAGAAAUUGGAAUGCGACUGGAUGUUCCAUGCAGCUCCCAAGACUUCCAAUGUGAAGGGUCACUUAUUCCUCAAGGCCUAUAACGGGGAACAUAAAUGUUGUGCUGGUUAUAGUGAUGGAACAAAGGCUGAUCCGGUUACGCGCGAACUUAUCAAGAGUUUGAUAUUUGAGAAGAUUGAACAGAAUCCCAACAAGAAAGCCAGGGAUAUUGUUAGAGAACUCAAAAGUGAUUAUGGGUUGGAAGUGAGCUACGAUCAGGCGCAUGCCGGGAAAGAAUUAUGUUUCAAGGAAUUGUAUGGCGAGGACAUUAAAUCAUACACUGACUUGAGAUGGUGGUGUGAAGCCGUGAAGAAACACGAUCCAGGUAGUAGGGAUGAUUUAGUUGUUGAAGGUGGCGAGUUUAAGAGUUUGUUCUUAGCCUUCGAUGCUUGCAUCUCUGGUUUCGAAUAUUGUCGCCCGAUACUGUUCUUGGAUGCAACUUUCCUAACUGGAAAAUUUAGGGGUUGUCUUAUGGCGGCUACCGGGAAGAAUGCGAAUAAUGGAAUAUUUCCUCUGGCAUAUGGUAUCGUAUCAUCUGAAACUGUUGAGAAUUGGCAUUGGUUCUUGAAGAAACUAGAAUCUAUCUUGGGUCCUCGUGUACUAACUUUUAUGUCGGAUCGCCAUGAGGGUUUGAUCCAAGGGAUUCGUGAUGUUUUCCCAACUUUCUAUCAUGAUUGGUGUUACCAGCAUUUGAAGAAUAAUGUCCGCAGUAAGACCAACAAGAAAAAGGGAGAGCAUUGUGCUGCGAUGGGUUUGUUCAAAGAAUGUUUCUAUUCAUCGACUCAUGAAGGCUUUGAUCAGGGUAUGCAAAAGUUGAAGGAUAUGGGAUGUGAUGGUCUUCACAAAUUCUUGAGUGAGAUUCCAGUGGAAUGUUGGUCCAAUGCACAUUGUCUGGGCUGUCGUUACGGCGACAUGUGUAAAAACAUUGCAGAGUCCUUUAACUCUUGGAUCAAGGAAGCAAAAGGUAUGCCUAUUGCAACACUUGUUAACUGGAUCAGACUUAAAAUUAUGGAACAGAUGAGUAUAAGGAAGAGGAAGGGGGCGACGUAUAAAGGAUUCAUUGUCCCAGGCUAG